AUGGGGGCGACACCGUUCAAGGCGGUGUCCCCAGCACAAGCAGCUGACGAGAUGACUGCGCUUGGCUCUGCGUAUGCAGUGUAUGGUCCGAGCAUCGUGUCGAAUGCAAUCGGCGGGGACGUGCUGGCAUCGUUGGAAUUCGAGCAACUGCCCAUGCUCUUCAGCACUGUUGGCGUAACCAACACCAUCCACCAGGCCAAGCUCACGUCCCUGCUCAAACUCCACCGCCCUUCUAAAACCCAACGCUUUGACGUGUUUUUGAGCCAUGACUGGGGCGUGGACGGCGCCACUCACGCCAAGGUUGGACUUGUCAACACGUUAGACAUGUCCACGGCUGUGUUGCUGUAUCGCAGACGUCCGUCCCACUGA